AAAUACGGCAUUUGUAUCCAUUACCAAACAGUCAGUACCUCGUAACUAGUAUUACUUCUUUUGAUUGAUUAUUCUAACGUUUUUUAACGUAUUUCAAAAGGUACAAUUAACAUAUUUGUUACAAAACACUGAAAAAAAUGUCUGAGUUUGAAAUACCAAUUGGAUCAUUGGAAGAACAAGCAUUGAAGCGAAAAGAACGAUUGAGAAAUUUGAAACGUAAAGCAGAAACAAAGGAUCAGACGGCAUCAACGAAUACAUUCAACAGCGACGCAGAGAAAGUGAAUUUGCCAUUACCGACACAAUUGACGAAAAACGUAACAGAUCAGCCAAACGAAGAUGCAGAACACAGUCAAACAGCGUUAAAGAAUGACGAUGUGAUAUCACAGAUUACAAGCGAAGUUCAUACAUUGAAAACACCUAUAGUCAUCGAAGAAAUCGAUAUACAAAACCUCGCACCAAGAAAACCUGAUUGGGACUUAAAAAGAGAUGUGGCGAAAAAAUUGGAAAUACUUGAUCGUCGAACCCAGCGCGCAAUAGCUGAAAUUAUCCGCGACCGUCUGCGAUCAAACGACGGUGACGUUGACUUGCAAGCAGUUAAUGCUGUUGGAUAUACUGCGCAACCUGAAAACUAGGAACUUUCAAGCAUAAUUACAAUUUACUGUUUCCAAUACAUGUACUGAAUUGAAUUUAAGACCAAUUUAAUAUGAUUGUCAAAACAAAACGAAUAAAAUAACAAGUUCAACUAUUGCUAAAACUUUGAUAA